AUGGCUUCUUCAUUUAUCAGAGCAGUGCUUCCCAGAUUGGCAUGCAGACAUUUGAAAAUUGGGAAUAAUUGUAAUGGUCGGUACUUGUAUGGAUGCAAUAAAAGAUGGGUUAGUAGUGGUUCUGAUUUGGUACAGGUAGAACAAGAUGACUCGGAUAAUGAAAUAGUAGUAUUGAAAAUGAAUGUGAAACCUGUGAAUGCUUGUACUGCUGAGUUCAACAAUGCAAUGACUAAACUGAUAAAGGAUUUAGAUGCAGAUGAACAAAGCAAAGGUCUUAUUUUAACAUCAACACUUCCUAAUGUAUUCAGUGCUGGUUUACAAUUAACAGCCUUACAUGGUAAGUCAUAUGACGAAAUCAAAGAAUACUUCAGUACUUUUCAGACCAUGGCUCAUACACUGUUUACAUCCAGAUUAGCAACAGUUGCAGCCAUUAAUGGACAUGCCAUUGCUGGUGGUUGUGUUAUUGCACUAUGCUGCGAGUACAGAGUGAUGGCCGAGGGUAAAUUUCAUAACGGACUUAAUGAAGUAAUUGUAGGUAUACCAAUGCCAGCGUGGGUGAGUGCUUACACAGUCUAUGCUUUAGGCACCAACACUGCAGAAAAAGUAAUACUAUCUGGUAAAAAGCACACCCCUAGAGAAGCACUUCAAGUUGGUCUGGUUGAUCAAGUAGUGCCACCAGAUGAUCUUAUCCAAGUUAGCAAAAAUAUAUUAUCAGAUUUAAUAAAAGUUGGAGAUUAUCCUCGUAGAUUGAGCAAGGAAAGGCUGAGAAAAGAACUGCUGAUGUUCUCGCUUUGAAUCCUGAUAAAGAAGCGCAGUUAUUUGCUGAGUCUGCAGUCACAGAUGAAUUCCAAAACAGACUAACAAAAUAUUUGAACUCAUUGAAAAAAAAAUAGAUUCUUCCAGAAUGUGAUGUCAUCC